ACACACACACACACACACACACACUUUCAGCGAAGGCGACUGCGCCUUUAAGACCAGCAAAACUAACAGCCAAACCAGCCUCGGUGUCAAUGUGUGAGCGAUGAAUUUACUCGAUAUGGUUUUGUUCAAACUCUUGAUGCUUUUAUACUGCUUAAGCGACACCAAAGGUCAGUAUGGGAAACCCCUGAGCAAGUACAUUCGACAUUACGAGGGCUUGUCCUACGACACCGACGUCUUGCACAGCAAGCACCAGAGGGCUAAGAGAUCUCUCUCUCACCAGGACCAGUUCCUGCAUCUGGACUUCCAUGCUCACGGCAGGCAUUUUAACCUUCGGAUGAAGAGGGACACCUCUCUCUUCUCUCCUGAUCUGAAGGUGGAAGUUUCUGGAGUAGAGAUUCCCUAUGACACCUCUCACAUUUACACUGGAGAAAUAUACGGUGAGAAGGGCACUCUGACCCAUGGCUCGAUUGUGGAUGGGAAAUUUGAGGGUUUCAUUAAGAGCCAUCAGGGCACAUACUACGUAGAACCCUCAGAGAGAUACCUCAAAGACCAGAAUGUGCCCUACCACUCAGUCAUGUACCAUGAGGAUGAUAUCGAUUAUCCUCAUAAAUACGGAUCAGAAGGCGGCUGCGCAGAUCAUACUGUUUUUGAGCGAAUGAAGAAAUACCAGGCAUCUGCAGUUGAGACCACCCAGCAGAAGAAUUCUGUCAACCCUUCACUUGAUGAAGAAAUGGUUGAUGGACCGGUGAUCCUGAGGAAACGUCGUGCAGCGCAGGUGGAGAGAAAUACCUGUCAGCUCUUCAUCCAGACGGAUCACCUCUUUUUCAAGUACUAUGGUACCAGGGAGGCCGUGAUCGCACAGAUUUCUAGUCACGUAAAGGCCAUUGACUCAAUCUAUCAAAGCACAGAUUUUCAGGGCAUCCGCAAUAUCAGCUUCAUGGUGAAGAGAAUUAAGAUCAACACUACUGAAGAUGAGAGGUCUCAUUCUAACCCUUUUCGAUUUCCCAACAUCGGUGUGGAGAAAUUUCUAGAACUCAACUCGGAGCAGAAUCACGAUGAUUACUGCCUUGCCUACGUCUUCACAGAUAGAGACUUUGACGAUGGAGUCCUGGGUCUGGCCUGGGUCGGGGCUCCUUCAGGCAGCUCUGGUGGAAUCUGUGAGAAGAACAAGCAGUACUCUGAUGGGAAGAGGAAGUCUCUGAACACAGGCAUCAUCACAGUCCAAAACUAUGCUUCACACGUUCCCCCUAAAGUCUCCCACAUCACCUUCGCUCAUGAGGUCGGACAUAACUUCGGCUCACCGCAUGACUCAGGAAGUGACUGCACUCCGGGAGAGUCUAAGACUCAGGAUCAAAAAGAAAGAGGCAACUACAUCAUGUAUGCCAGAGCCACAUCAGGAGACAAGUUCAACAACAACAAGUUCUCCAUCUGUAGCAUUCGCAACAUCAGCCAAGUACUGGAUAAGAAGAGAUUCCUCUGCUUUGUUGAAUCUGGACAGCCCAUCUGUGGUAAUGGUUUGGUUGAGGCUAAUGAAGAGUGCGACUGUGGCUAUAGCGAUCAAUGCAAGGACCAGUGCUGCUUUGAUGCCAGUGCGCCAGAGUCACAGAAGUGUAAACUGAGGCCAAACGUCCAAUGCAGUCCCAGUCAGGGUCCAUGCUGCACGUCAGAGUGCAGAUUUAAGGUCAACAAUGUGAAAUGCAGGGAGGAGUCUGAGUGUGCUCUUCAGGGCAUCUGCAAUGGAAACUCUGCUCAGUGCCCUGCCUCAACUCCUAAAGCAAACUUUACAUCCUGCCACACAAAUACCCAAGUCUGCCUUAAUGGGGUUUGCUCUGGCUCUAUCUGUCAGAAGUAUGGUCUAGAUGUAUGCACUUGUGCCACUGAGGAGGGGAAAGACGACACAGAGUUGUGUCAUGUGUGCUGUAUGGAUAAGGGUCUGCCAGAAACUUGCAGCAGCACUAGCUCAGAUAAAUGGUCUAAAUACUUUAACAAACAGGUCACCACGUUACAGCCUGGCUCUCCUUGUAAUGAUUUCAAAGGUUACUGUGAUGUCUUCAUGAAGUGUAGGCUCGUGGAUGCUGAUGGCCCUCUGGCAAGGCUUAAGAAGGCCAUUUUCAACCCUGAGCUUUACUCAAGCAUAGCAGAAUGGAUAGUGGAGCAUUGGUGGGCGGUUCUUCUAAUGGGCAUUGCUCUCAUCAUGCUAAUGGCUGGCUUUAUCAAGAUCUGCAGUGUGCACACACCAAGCAGCAAUCCUAAAUUACCCCCACCCAAACCACUGCCAGGCACACUGAAGAGAAGAAGAAAUCCUGCUGCACAGACUCAGCCGCAGCGCCAUCGCCAGCAGAGAGAGAACUAUCAGAUGGGCCAGAUGCGACGCUGAGACGGCCUCCUCAUUGCCUUGGUUCUUCCUAGUGCCUACAGUGGGAAACACUUCACUCCAAAGAGUUAGCUGAAUCAAUCAAUGAGCCCCAUCUACAAACUAAGAAACUGGCAAAUAAAAGGACUUCAAAGACUAUACUUAAGAAAACAACCAUUUUAAAGAGUAAAAAAACCACUGCUCUGGGAGCCAGCAAAGCUUUCGUUGCAUAGCUCAAAGAAAAAUUCAGAAGCUAGUCACGAGGAAGAGGACAGAAUUAAUGAUUUUUGUUCAGUUUUUUUCAGCUUUUCAUAUUCUUUCUCAAGUGAUUAAAUCAUUUUUUUCUUUCCACUAAAGUUUUUUUCCCCUUUUUUUUUGCCUUUUUAUCCUU